AAAUUCGGAAAAACCCUAAAACCCUUCAUCGCCUAUCUCAGUGCAACGAAUCGCCCAGCUCAAUCGUUUGAGCUAUUGAUCUGACACAGUUGAAUUGUACGAACAAUAAAAUCGGACAGCUCGGCCAUUUUUAGGGCUCACAAUUUAUUUUCACCAAUUCUGUGUUUGCAUCCAAUCAAUCAAAUCGACAAAUGCUGGCUUUUAUGCAUUCAUUGAAGUUGAUUAGCUCAAACUGUGUUUAAUUUUGAGACCCUAAUUUUUCCCCUGUUGAUAUUACUAUCUUUAUCUUGGACUUCAUUGUAUAACUACAUUCUUGUUUAAGUUUGGUAAGGCUAUGGCUGAUUUGUACUUCGAUGAGGUAAUCGAUGUGGUCAAGACUGAUAGCCAAGUAGUGUAUGACAAAGUUUCUAGGAUAAAUGCAAGGAGUGAAGAAAACGAUUUUUUUGUGGAAUUGGAUGUGCACUCUGAGCUGUAUCCUAUGCUUCCUAAUGAGAAACACAGGAUGCUGAUUUCGAACUCUCUGAUUAUCAAUGGUUCAGGGGAGUCGAAAUCACUGACAGACAAAUUCGAGUAUGUGAUGCACGGUCUUUUGUAUAAGAUGGCUGAUGCAAAGAGUGAAGGGGACGCUGAUGUUAAAGUGGAGGUAUAUAUUUCGUUUGGAGGACUUCAGUUGAUGCUGAGAGGCGAUCCUCUGAAGAUGCACAAGUUCAAGGUCGAUCAAAAGUUGUUUCUUCUCUUGAGGAAGAACUGAUAACUUUGGGUGUAAAAAUGCAAAAAAACGACAAGCUAUGAGACUGUGGAAUGAUCUGGCCCGUUGCUAACCCUAAUCGAACUAUUGAAGACUCUUUCUUUCCCUA